UGCGCUGUCCUUCACUGGGCCUGCUGUCCUGUGCAGUGAUCAUUCUACUGUCUCCUGCUGUUUUACACCCGGUGGGGUCUGUGUUGUUUGUAUGUAGCACCAUGGUCGUGGAGGAGCGCGGUUUCAUUUCACUGCGUGUUGUUUCUGUACCAGCCGUUUGCGCUCGGAAUGAAAAUAAAGCCACUUCAACUUCACACUUGAACUUGAAACCUUUCUGACUCUAGCACAUUUGUCCCUCUGACAUGACAGCAAGGUUGCGUGUGCUUAACCACAAAGCAGGGCGGCUCACAUCUGCAGCUCAACACAGGAAGUGCUGUCCACACACACACACACACACACACGCGUACGUACCAGAAGGAGGCAGGUUAUUCAGAACUCUCUAGGAAAGAAAAUAAACAUCCACAUCCUGGCAAACGGACAUCAUGCUCAAACGCAAACUGAGUUUUAAGUGGUUUGGGAGUCUGGGUAACCUUUCAUUUCGUCGCAAGUCGGACGCAGCGAAGCAAAGUUCCGAGAAGGAUGACGAGACGACUAUCGACGAGGAGGACGUGCACCCUCGCUGCCCAAGCUACGCCCGCUCCAGCGAAAUGUACACCCACAUGGGCACCAUGCCUCGCCCGCAGAAAAAGAAAGAUAAGAGCACAAAGAAUAAAAGUCAGGAUCAUAAAAGUCUUAAAAUUAAGAACAAGCCCAAAAGCUCCCCACUGAGCCGCAGCCAGAGCAUGAGAAAUUCAGACUACGUGAACGAGUCACCUCUCCUCAGCGCUCUCAACGGCCAAGCGCUCUCAAGCCUGCACAAGAACGACGCAGACGACAAGCUCACACCAGAACGCCAGAAAGCUGACACCAGGGAAGAACCUGAAGUUAAGAGCACUGAGCAGAUCCGUAAAGAACCAGAUAACGCACGUUCAAAACCCGCAGAAGACCCAGAUCCACCUCCACCUCCAGAUGCUCUCCAGGAGAAACCAGUACUGCCUAGGAAGAGUAGCCUCCCUGUAAAGAUCUCUGUGGACCUGCAGGAGCACAAAAUUUCCACCACCAGUGAGCGCCAUCAAGAGAAAGAAGAAGAGGAAAGAAAAACAGGUCCCGAUCCUGACCGUCAAAAGGGAACCAAAGACAGUCAAGGAGAGUAUGUAGAGUUCUCCAAGGAGAAGUACCUGUUGGAGUCUCCCCCGGAGAAGCUGAGGAAGGAGCUGGAGGAGGAACUCAAACUCAGCAGCAGUGACCUGAGGAGCCACGGCUGGUACCAUGGCCGCAUCCCACGAGAGGUGUCGGAGACGCUGGUUCUGCGCAGCGGGGAUUUCCUGGUGCGAGACUCGCUGGCCAACGCGGGUGAUUACGUGAUCUCGUGCCGCUGGCAGCAGGAUGUGGUGCACUGCCGCAUCAGUAAGGUUCUGGUGAAGAGCGGACAGACGAAGGUGCAGUUCCUCCUGGAGGACGAGACCUUCGACUCGCUGCCCACUCUGAUCCGGCACCACGCUGGCACCGGCCGGCCCGUGUGCCCGCGCUCCGGCGCUCAGCUGCUGUGCCCCGUCAACCGCACAGUGCCCCUCAGGUACCUGGAGGCCACGUUUGCCCUGGCGAGCGGGAGAUCGGGGUCACAUUCACCGUCCACUCAGCGGGGGGCGCACAUCAAGAGACGCAGCGUCACCAUGACGGAUGGCCUGACCACCGAGAAGAUCAUCCCCCACAGCGAUGCCGAGUCGAGUGAAGCGACCGAUUCUCGAGUGUCAGACACCAAAGUGAAGACGGAGCAGGGAUGCAGCUGGUGUGUGUGUGUGUGUGUGUGUGUGUGUGUGUGUGUGUUCGAGUUUGUGCAUGUGUGUGUGUGUGUGUGUGUGUGUGUGUGUGUGUAUUCUAGUAUAGACCUCUCCCUCAUUCUCACUCUUUUCUCCACAGUGGUUGUUCUUUCACUUCAAGUCCCAGCAUGCAUUGCGUCUGAUCUGAGCACUGAAUGUGUCACCAGCUCGUUUAGUCUUGUAGCAGCACGCGUUUAUCCAUCCACAAUUCACCAUAAAGACGCCAUGAGGAACUGUGCGCUCAGCAUGGACCAGAUCCAGGAGAUGCGCUGUCCCCUGUCCCCUGUAGGAGAAGCUCCUCUCUCACCUGCCUACACCUCCAUUUCCCGUCACAGACAUGGCUCGGGCGGACGUGUUUUGGCCGUCAUUCCACCUUCGCCGGUGAUGCGACGCUCCAGCGAGCCUCACCUCUCCCCUUCCUCCUCCAAUAACAACGUCGUGUGUUCGGACACGCCCCCCAGCGCUCACGGCUGCCCCUCAGACGGUUCGGAAGGAGGGGGCAGUUACUGCGAGUUGAGGCCGGGUCAACCCCCAACGCCUCCAUCCAAGAGCUACGUGGAGAGGCUGAGGGUGGAGGAGGGCCGAGCGCCAGGCUCCGCCCCCACCGAUGGAGGAGAGAGCUUCACCGUUCCUCUGGUGGAGAGCAGUUCGUGCUUGAGACCCGGGCAGUACCAGUCGGCCCUGCUUCCUGCAGAGAAUAAACCCCUGGAGAUGGGGGUCCUGAAGAGGGUGAAGGAACUGUUAGCUGAAGUCGACCCUAAAACAGCGGCCAAACACAUCACCAAGGCCGACUGCACGGUUGCUAGGAUACUGGGUGUUACCAAGGAGAUGCAAAGGAUGAUGGGAGUGGGUUCCGGGCUGGAGUUGCUGACUCUACCACAUGGCCAUCAGCUGAGACUGGACCUGCUCGAGAGGUUCUACACCAUGUCCAUAAUGAUGGCGGUGGACCUGCUGGGCUGUACGGGCAGUACGGAGGAACGAGCAGCUCUGCUCUAUAAGACCAUCCAGCUGGCAGCAGAGCUCAAGAGCACCAUGGGAAAUAUGUUCGGAUUCGCCGCCAUCAUGAGAGCCCUUGAACUCCCGCAGAUCUCACGCUUGGACCAGACGUGGAUGACGCUGAGACAGAGACAUACGGAGGGAGCCAUUUUGUAUGAGAAGAAGCUCAAACCCUUCAUGAAGGGCUUAAACGAAAGCAAAGAGAGCUCUGUGCUGUCCAGUACGUCUUUCCCACAUGUGGUGCCCGUGUUGUGUCUGUUGGAGAAGGGCGUGGCUGUGGGGGAGGGGCCAGAGCCGUGGGAUACUUCAGAAUGUGGCGUGGACGUGGUCAUGAGCCACCUAGAAGCAGCACGCAGCAUUGCACACCACGGAGGCCUGUACCGCACCAACGCCGAGAGCAAGCUACACGACUUUCAGGAGAGAAAGGAAGUGUCAGAGAUCUUCUGCACGGAGUUCCAGAUGAGGCUGCUCUGGGGAAGCCGAGGUUCCGAGGGGAGUCAGAGCGAACGCUACGAGAAGUUCGACAAAGUCCUCACAGCUCUUUCGCACAAGCUGGAGCCUCCUGUACGCCACAGCGAGCUAUAG